GUUUGUCUGUGAUCAAGAGUAACUUUUAUGAGGAGACUGUGAGGCUGUCAGAUUGGCAGUGGGUUACCAGCCGAAGUCUGCGCGUAACCGCGGCUCGCUCAGAGCCCUUGACAAGCGAGAGAAGAAAAUCCUAGGCACAGAAAACUGUUCCUAGCGUCAUGUAUUAUCUUGUUUCUACUGCAAAGCCUUUGCAAAGAUGGGGGACGACAAGCCUUUUGUGUGCAGUGCUCCUGGCUGUGGGCAGAGGUUUACUAAUGAGGACCACCUGGCUGUCCACAAACACAAACAUGAAAUGACGCUGAAGUUUGGACCCGCCAGGACUGACUCAGUCAUCAUUGCAGACCAGACGCCGACUCCCACUCGUUUCCUGAAAAACUGUGAAGAGGUGGGCUUGUUCAAUGAGCUGGCCAGCUCCUUCGAGCAGGAGCUCCCUAAGGCCCAGGAAGAUGAGGACAAGAGGGCCAAGAACCCGUUGCCUGCUCUUAAUUCAGGAGCACUUGAUAUGAGUUUGCAGACGCCUUCAGAUGUUAAGGUGAAAGAGGAGGACCCUGUGGAGGUGGACUCCUCUCCACCUAGCAGCCCUGACUCCAUGUCCAGUAUGUCAGACAGCAGCAAAGAGCCCUUAAGCAGAGGAAAGGAUUCUCCCUCGAAGCCUGCCUUCAGUUCGGCUCCCACCCCUGCCAUAGUGCGUCCUGGCUCCCUCCCCCUGCACCUGGGUUAUGACGGCCUGCAGCCCACCAUGCCCUCCCCUACCUCCGUCAUCACACACACCCCACCAUCCAACCGCACACUGGGGUCUCCCACAGUGCCGUACCCAAUGAUGAUGCUUCCCAAUGGUCAAACAGUUCCUGUUCUUCCAGGUCCUAUGCAGAUGCCCUCUGUAAUAUCUCUGGCGAGACCCCUGUGUAUGGUUCCCAACAUUCCAGGAAUACCCGGCCCUCCACUAGGGGGCAGCAGCAGCGGCUCGUCUUCACCCUCUGGUUACAACCCCCACAAUGAGGCCAAGAUGAGGCUGAAGGCAGCAUUGUCUCAGCAGACGUAUGCGGCUCAGGGUUGUCUUGGUGUGGCGAUGGGGUCCAGUGCGAUGAUCCCUCAGAGAGUGGAGCAAAGCCAGCUGCUGGUCCAGCAUCCAGAUGCCCCAUCCCCUGCUCAGCCACAGGUGUCACCCGCUCAGCCCACCGGAGGGCGCAGGCGGAGGACAACUGAUGACGACCCUGAUGAGAGGAGGCAGCGCUUCCUGGAGCGGAACCGGGCAGCAGCUUCUCGUUGCAGACAGAAACGCAAGAUAUGGGUCAGCUCUCUGGAGAAGAAGGCUGAAGAACUCACCUCCUUCAAUGUCUCGCUGUCGAACGAGGUGUCUCAUCUACGAAAUGAAGUUGCACAUCUGAAACAGUUGCUGUUAGCCCAUAAAGACUGUCCUGUCACCAACCGCCAGAAGAAAGCUGUCUACUUGGGAGAGGAACACAUGAAAGAUAGAUCUGAGCCCACGGGUUCCCCGGCACCGGUCAUUCAGCACAGCUCUCUGGCCCCCAGCCCCUCAUCCGCAGCAGGGCCCAAUGGCCUGAGCUCCCGUGCUGCGGCCGAGGCGGUGGCCAUGUCAGUGCUGGCGGGGAUGGGCAGCCAGCGGGGGGAGAGUGGUGGACCGGCACACGUCAUCAUGGCCACACAGUCCCACCCAUCCAGCAGAUGAUGAGCGCAGCUAACUGUCUGCCCGGGACUCUCCACAUCCCAGGAGAGGGGCAGAUCCGUGAGAGGAGAAUGCACUCUGUUCCCAUUCUUCAGUCUGGUUCUCUCUCAUGCCAUCAAGCUCUGGCCUGGAGAUCAGCUGCAUUCUGGGAAUGAAACUGGGACUGUGGACACAUACUGUUAUAGAGAGAGACUUAAGGAGAUUGACGUUCACUAUGCCAUAGACUACGGGGGCUGGACUCCAAACCAUGCUCUCAUUUGCAUCCUCUAUAACUCCUGCUCCUUCCUUCAACUUCCUUCUGCUCCUCCACUGGCUGUAGGACUGCAAAGCACUUACUGUCAUUAAAUGUAUCCCCACAGACACACGCUGCAAUAAGGACAUUGCCUGAACCGUGACUGUGCACUUUGUUUAUGUGUGUGUGUGCAUAAAAAUUUACACACACACACACACACACAAGCAGGCUGCAUCUUGAAGUUGUGAUGAUGCAAUACUAUAUAUAUAUAUAUAUAUAUAUAUAUAUAUAUAUAUAUAUAGUGCUGGGCAACGAUUAAAUUUUUUAAUCGCGAUUAAUCCAUUAUUGGUCUGAGAUUAAUCGCAUUAUGCACAGAACUAAUAAUGCAUUCAAAAGUAGUGUAUUGUACACUUUUUUUUUUCAUUUAAAAAAUAACGGUGCACAGUGGUUUGUGAAUGUUGAUUCUUAUCCUAAAUAAUUUGAUCGGCGCAUCCCCUCCUGUGACAGAUGAUUUGUCAGUCUGUGUAUUCAGAGCCAGUGAGCAACGGACUUUCAUAAUAAUAAAAUAAUAAUUAUUAAUUAAUUGAUAAUAAAAAAAAUCAAUUAAUGCUUUAAAAAUUAAGUUGCCCAGCCCUAAUAUAUAUAUAUAUAUAUAUAUAUAUAUAUAUAUAUAUAUAUAUAUAUAUAUAUAUAUAUAUAUAUAUAUAUGUAUUAGUAAGUGUGUGUGUGUGUGUAUGUGUGUUUGAGAGAAACAUGAUGCUUUAAUGUUCUGUAGGUUCUUCUACUUUGCUAUUUUAGAACAGUUUUUUAGUUUUCAGGUGGCCACCUCCCUAAUCUGACCCUCGCUCAUCUUACCUCAUUUUUAACCUGAUAUCUACGUUUAUAAUCAACGUGUGCAUGUGUGCUUCUCGUGUGGGUGUACAGUAAUGUCUAAUGAAAAUAGCAGCUUGUGAAGGACUGAUACACUAAGACUGCCUUGUUAGCAUGCAAACGUUUCGCUAUAUAUAAACUAUUGAUUGGCACAUUGCGUUCAGUUUGGCCUAUGGAAUCUCAUAACUGUCGUUUUGUUUGGUCCUAUCAUUGUUUUCUUGUGUACAACAAACUCAGAAACCGCAAACAGCAUACUGUCUGAGGUCAUUAUGGAUAAUUCAUUUUAAUCAGGACCAUUGUGUCCGAUCCAGAGUCUUGAGAAAUCUAUGUAUUGACUGUCCUAAAUUAUACCAUUUCCUUUCCCUGUGAUCACAAUGUUUUCAUUUCAGCUUUAGAUUGAGUUAAGAUGGACAUGAAUUAUUAAGGCUCUAAGUAGUCUUAGACUUGUCUUUUUCUGUUUUUAUUAGUUAUUAUCUAACUUUUAUAACUCAUGAAAUAAACCCUGCUGUUGUAUUCUU